AUGGCACACGAGGCCGGACAUACCCAUCAAGUUGGGGAAGACAUGAUAAGCAAGUUAAAUGACGAUGUUUUGCUCUCAAUCUUAGAAAAUGUCGACUUAACAACAUCAGUGAGGGCAAGUGUCCUAUCCACACGAUGGAGACACCUUCCGUGGUUGCUCGGACAACUAAACAUAGAUAUGAUGGACUUCUUUCAUGAACCAUAUGCCGAUCCCACAGUGGAUGAUCACAUUGAUAAAGCAAUGUCAUCUCUGACAGAAGCAGUUAGAAGCAUGUUGUCUCCGUCCUGCCGGAAGACAAUCAUCACCAGACUUUGUAUUUCACUAAUUGUUGCCAACAGUUAUUCAAUUGAAAUCGGUCAUCUUGUUAAUGAAGUGGUUGAAAAUGGGAUGGUAAAAGAUAUAGAGCUCACAAGUGGGAUUGAGAGGAACCUGGGCGCUGUCAGUGAUGAUGAAAUGGUAAAACAUGCUAAUGGUGUGAAUAGUUUCUUUGGUAACUAUCCAAAUAUAUCUUGUUGCCUCACAAGGCUCCUCCUUUUUAAUGCGACCUUUGCGGAAUCAGAUCUACAUAAUCUUAUUGCAAAUGUAUGCACGGAACUUCGUUAUCUUUAUCUCGGCCGGUGUGAUACUGGCUUCCAAUCAAUAUUCAAGAUAGACGCACCAAACUCAAAACUCAACAUUCUAGAACUUUUCCACUGUUAUUUUUCACAAAUUGAGUUGCAUUGCCUUCCAAUGCUAGAGAAAGUCAUAUUUGGAUUUUGGCUAACUAAAUGUGUGCCCUUGACUUGGAGACACAUCCCAUGCCUCAAGGAAGUGGAAGUCUUUUCAGCCAUGCCACCUCAUCAGGAACAAUUCAAGUUAAGUGAGUUUCUAUGUGGUGCGGCAUGUAUAAAUACUUUAUCAUUGGAUUUCCUCGGGCAAAAGAUUUGGCUACUACCUGAAAAACACCAACUUUCCUCAGCAUUUAGCAAUUUGAGGAACUUGUGUAUAUAUGAUAUCUUUGUUGGAUUUGGCCUUUUGUGGACAAUAGCUCUUCUUGAAGUUGCGCCGUCCCUCGAGAUACUUGAAGUUGAGGUGUAUGACCAUCGAUGUGAGGAGGACGAGAAAGUAACUAAGUUGUGUGCUAAAAGAAGUAAUGCGCCAUGGGAAGUGUCAGAGUUUGCAUACCCGAAGCAUUUGCCACUGAAAGAGCUCGAAAUCAUAGGUUUCAAUGCAUCAGAAGAACAUCUAGUGUUUAUAGGUGCAGUGAUGGAGCGGGCUUCUAACUUACAGUCGGUUGUUUUGAAAGACAAGCGCUGUAAGGAAUGCGAAGCAACCAGUACAGCGUCAGUAAAACAUAAAUUUCCAGAAAAUGAAGAUGAACAAGAGCUGGUAGUGAAUAAGCUCAGAGACCGGUUCUCCUCUAGUGCUCAGAUAAUUUUCAGUGACUGCAAGGUUGUCAGCGAAUGUGUGUUUGCCUGA